AUGUUCGCGCCAGCGCUCAACAACGGUAGCCAUAAUGGAACACCUGCCCCGGCUACCACCCGUGGCCGACGGCGCCAGCGACCCUUGAGCUCAGACAACUCGGCCCAGCAGCCUAAAGCUAAGCGACAGCGGCAUGACCGGCCGACCGUGACAGACCAGACCUACGUCGAUCCGAAUCCAGCCCCGGAGACCUACGAGGUCAAGUCCGCGAGACCCUCGAUAGUCGAGGUCAAGCAAGAUGGGAUCGAGGAACCUCCCGCGCCGAAGCAGGAUCUUAGUGUGAGACCCAAAAAGUCGAGACCCCACGAUCGCUUCAGCAAGGGAGAUGGCAGUACGCUCUUGUCUACCAACACGGCGUUUGACGUCAGGAAGCUUCCUGCGCUCCCAGAUCGGCUUAGACUCGAUGCUACGAGUCGCCAACGCGGAUGGAUCGACAGCUCGACAGGCUAUGCUCUAAGUCUCACACACACGCAUGCCACCGUAUGGCCCUACAAUACUUCGACGCCAUCUCCCGAAUCGUUCACCUUCACCCUGCCGUACCCGUCGAAACACUCGACCGACCCCCUCCCUCUCGGCGCACUCGUCUCACCUUCCGCGUCUUCUUCCGAACCCGGUCUUGUCGUAGUCAUGCCAGCUAGCGGCAAAGUCACCUACUGGGAAUCGAUAUCAAGCGCGACGACUCUGGAUUUCAUGCGCCAGCAGCGGAACGGCGUGGAAGACUCUAUCCCGGGCAUGUUCUCGGGGGAGACGGCCAUUCAGAUCAUCAAUGCCGAAUCUGCACCAGGCUUCGUCCUUGCUUUCAGCAGUGGGCGCAUGGCAUACCUGAGUGUACGAGAUGCGCAUGGCCGACCCAAAGUCGCGGUUCAGUUCCUGCGCACAAGUCUCGGUCCAUCUACCAGUGGCUUCUUCGGCAGCCUUCGACACGCCCUCUCUCCGGCUCUACAGGGCGAUAUCGCGGCAAUACGGUCAGAACGAUCCCCUAAGCAAGGUGAAUGCACGGUCUUGGCAGCCACGGCGAAGGGUCGAAUACAUUCCUGGAGGGUACACCGUGGGGGUCAUCACGACGUCCUUGCCGAGGUGGAUGCGCGGGCCCCGAUUCUCGAAGCGAUUCAACAGGCUGAUAAGACGGCCGCCGAGCUGCCUUCGGAGUCUUUGAAGCUGCUCGACUUCUGCUUUGUGCCCAAGGGCUUGCCUCACAGGUAUACGGAAAUGAGUCAACUUCGACAACUACCUGCUUCAGAGGACCACCAACAUAUCUUGCUUCUCACUUCUCUAUCGAGCGAAUACUCAUGUCGCUACACACUGGUCGAGAUCAUGAUCCCCAACGGGGCUUUGCCAGAUAACACCGUGGAUGUUGGAAUGGUUCGACCAAUAUCUGCUUUUUCCACGCCACCAGACGCUCGUGCUCUUGCCAAACCGCGUUUGUAUCUUCCAAGGCCAACAAUCAUCGCCUUGCUUGUCUUUGAUCAUGCUACCGUAGUUGUUUCAAUCGCGCGUCCUCCCGACUCUCCCGAGUCCCAAAUAUUGGAGGACAACCAUAUUCUACCAUCGGCUUUUGAGGAUGUGGUUGAUUUGCGACAAGAUCAUACCCUUGAGAUUGUUGGAUCUGGUAUCGAAGAGCCGCACAUGGCUGGCCUCGCAGGUGACGGAGUGCGAGCAUCACGAGUCAAGACCAAGAACCCGUCAGCCGUGCUUCUUGUCCGAGGUUCCGGCACACUUCGCAUCGCUGUUACAGACGUUGAACGCUUUGCAAGCGAAAAACCCCCUACAGUCACGGCCAAGUCGAAGCUUGAGCAAGCCGUUUUCUUCGGAGUCAAAGAGGACAGCCCUCUUGUUUUCGAUAUCCAUCAUGACGUGCGAUUUACCGACCGAGAGUAUGGCGAGGCCGCGCUGGAAGUGAGCCAAGAGAUUGUGACCUCAUCUGGACAGCACCUUCAAUCUCUGGCUGCAAGAGUUGACGCCAACAUCAAAGAGCGCGUUCGAUAUCUCGAGAAAAUCAUGACGCAUUUGAACAGCCUCAAAGUCAAUCUCGACCGCAGUACGAAAUGGGCGUUGCUUUGGAACGCGGAAAAGAUGCACAUUGCCAGCACGCUUUGGCGUAAGCACGAGGAGUUCACACAGCUGCGGCCGGCUGGCUCGACAAAGAGCAUUGUUGCUGAGAUUGUGGAGUACAUCCGAUCGGAAGAGAAGUCGGAACCCAACGCGGCAAAAGGAGAAGUUGACCAGCUCCGUCAUUGGUUCGCUCGUGAUGUCGAUCGCAUGGAAGUCUUUGUCGCCUGGGCGUACGAAGUCAUCAAACACAAUUCCAGGGCGAAUCUCGACGCACCAUCCCUAACGCGACUGAUCUACGAGGCUGCGGAUCUCUACAACAGCGCGAUUAGAGAUGCCCUCGCUUUUCGCAGGAGUCAUCUUGAGCUCUACGGGCUUAAGGGAGAGAAGCUUGAGAAUGGGAUUAUAGCACAUGACUAUGCUGGCCUUCCCUCCCCCUGGACAUGUUAUUCCCCCACCGUCAACAACGUGAAGCGACAGCUGGAGCUUGCUACGGAAUGGGUCAAGGAGCAUUGGGAGUCUCCGGACUCCCAAGUCGAGACACUGACCGCAUUGAAUCAGAAGACACGGGACAUUUUGCCCGAGCUGACUGAGAUCUAUCUCACCGUACUUCAAGAACUGGCCCGGUCGUUUCUGGCGAGCGACGACGCGAAGAUGAGUGCAGACGGCCUAAAGUAUGAGAGCCUCUAUGAGCAGGACCGUCACUCCAAGGUUGUCCUUCUGUCCGAAUCUAAGAAUUGGGAAUCAGCCAUCAGAAUUGCCGAAUCGCAUCGUUCACUCCCUGCUCUUGCUGAGAUACUGACGCGCGAGAUUGACAAGCUUCGCGAUCAACUUGCUGCAUGCGGUGGCGCCCCCGAUGAAGUCGCACGGCUAGAGUCGAGCAUGGCUUCGAAGGAAGAAAAAAUAAAGGAUUGCUUUGCUCGAUACGGACAAGACUUCGCCUUUCCCUUCUACGAAUACCUUUUCACAACAUAUGGUGUUGAUGCACUGCUUGAGUAUGAUGGCGAAAAGACGUUCAAGACCAUGUAUCUCCAUUCGAAGCCUGAGCUAGCCAAAAUUUCUUGGAUCAACGACGUCAUCGCUCAAGAAGACAUCGAUCAUGCCGCCGACACGCUUCUCGACCUUGGGCUUGUUCGCGAGCAGCAGGUCUGGAACAAGAAGAUUGAGCUGAGUCUUGGCAAGCUGGCUCGCAUGGCCGAGUCGUCCCGACCUUCCAGUAAAGCAUCCAUGAGUGUGCAAGAGGUCAACGUCAACGGGACGGCCGAAGAUGCCCGCGUGGAUGCUAUCGACAGGGAACUCACCAUCAUCGAGAUUCAAAACGAGUUUUACGACACGCAGAUCCGCCCAGUGAUCAGCGUGGCCCUUGACGAGUCGGAAGAGCUGGGACUGGUACGAGAAGCGUUCCCUUUGAAGCACCCUAAGAAGUAUAAGAUAAUCUCUCAGAUCUUCGAGGACGCUUUAAAACGACUUCUCAAACACGAAGCUCUCGACCCGCUUACCUUGAUCGACCUCCUCACCAUGGCCAGCCUGCCACCGGAGACGAAAGAACAGAUAGCCGACCAGUUUUUCCUGGCAAUCCAGGUCGCCCAUAACGGUCUGAAUGGCGCCGAACGCGCUCAAGCCGAGCGACUCAUCUGGAGAAGGUGCUACCUCCGAGAAGAUUGGACUCGUGUCAACAAUACCUCACUGCAGAACGACGAUGACGUGAUGGACGUCUUGGGUCAGACAGAUCUCUUCCAGGUUUACUGCACAUUAUAUGCGUCAGAACAACAUACAAGCAAUGGGACGGAAUUCCGCCGAGUCGCCCCACGGGAAUCCCUUGGGGUAUAUACCGAGACGCUUGACCGGCGUUUCGAAAAGAUGGAUAAGGGAUUUCGCGAGAAGCUUCUCGAUGCAAUGCGAUGGGAGGAUAACGCGCUCUGCAAGCACGUUGAGAAGCACCGCCUGGACGAAUGGGCAAAGGAAACGCUCAAGUUUGCGAAGGAGGCGGUGGACCAGGAACUCGACAAUUUCACGGCAACGCGAGCAUUGCCAAGCCUUUCUUCUAAACGCACGUCCAAGAAAACCCAGCUCAAGGCUCUGGAGGCUGCGAACGGACAAAACG